GUUUGGGUGCAUUUCAGAACUAAAAAAGUAGAGGCAAGGUUUUUGAAUGGCGGCUGAAGCAGUGGUCUAUGUACGGACACUUUAUCCUCAAAAUAGGAGGAGCGGUUCUCAUAGUCAUCGUCGCUUAUGUUCUUGUAUUCGAGCUUGUCAGCCUUCCAAUGACAAGAGCAAGUUCUACAAAGAAUUAGGUUUGUUUUCGUUGAGGAAGAGGAUAGAGGAUACAGUUAUGAAUGCAGAGAUGUUGGCACCUUCAGCACUUGAAGCUGAAGAAGCAACGCGCAGCAAGCAGGAAGAAAUAAUAAAUGGGUACGAUUUGUGGGAUGACUUAAACAGGACAAAUGAUAGCCUACUUAAGUUAGCUGAUAGUUCUGAGGUGGUUGAUUCACUUAAAGACUUACAGUUUAAGGCUGAAGAAGCUAGGCUGAUAACAGAACUGGCAGGCAAGGAUGUUAUAGACUAUAGGCUUUUGAAGCAAGCAUACACCGCUUCCGUGGAUAUAAAAAAAUCCUUGGAUAAAUACAAAAUUUCCAAACUUCUUAAGGGUCCAUAUGAUGCCGAGGGAGCAUGUGUUAUCAUUGAAGCUGGAUCAGAAGGCGAAUUGUCUGAGAACCAGAUAUGGGCAGAUCGACUCUUAAAAAUGUAUACAAAAUGGGCUCGAAAGCAAGGUUACAAUGGAAGAGUGAUAGAGAAACGUGCUUCAAAGAUUGGCGGUAUCAAGUCUGCAAUAAUUGAGUUUGAAUCCAAGUAUGCUUAUGGAUAUCUUUCAGGGGAAAGAGGUGUUCAUUGCGUAACUAGAAGUUCUCAAAGUCAAUCCCAGUGCGACGAGGUCAGCUUGGCUGCAGUGAAUGUUAUCCCUCUAUUUCUCAACACAGCUCCUGACUUGAUCAUUGAUGAUAUGGAUUUAGAUGUCUCGUAUAUUGCCGCUUCUAAACAUAAGCACCGUGUUAUUGAGUCAGUCUGCAUACAGCAUGUACCGACCGGCUUGAAAGUGCAAUCAUCGGGUGAAAGGAGCAGGUUUGCUAAUAAGAUGAAGGCCCUUAACCGUUUAAAGUCCACACUACUCGUAAUUUUGCAAGACCAAGGAAUUUCGGAUAUUACAAGCAUAGAUAGAAAUUCCAUUGUUAAUAUGUGGCAUGAAGAAACUCGUAGGUAUAUAUUUUACCCAAGCAAGCUUGUACAGGAUGUAAAAACAGGAAUCCAGCUGCCUAAUCUGAAUUCUAUAUUAGAUGGAAAUAUUGAACCUCUAAUUAGUGCUCAUAUCAAUACUAGACAAGCAGGUGAUUUGGGUUGAAACCAAUAUGUUCAAAUGUAUUGUUUUACUUUUGA